GGCAGUGCAUUCAGGCAUCAGAAAUGCAUCUCCAGUGUUCCUACUUGCUUAUGAGCCUGAUCAUUGUUGUUUAUGGUCAGAAUUAUCCACCAUCUGAUGUGUAUUGGAUCAAUCAAUAUCGGCAAGGUUUCAACUUCCAGUGCCCUGCAGGGGAAGCUUUGGUAGUAAUACAGAGUUACUAUGAUAAAAGUGAAGGCUCUGACAGACUUUGGAGUUUCGAAUGCCAGCCCACACCCGAGGAUAUGGGACAGCCGACCGAAUGCUGGUGGGAUGAUAUUAUGCAAGCUGGUUUGGAAUGGUACCAUACUUGUACAAACAAUGGUAUUGUGACGGGAGUACAGAGUCGAUACUACGAGAGUGUUCUGGAUCGGGACUGGCAGUUUCUGUGCUGCAAGUAUAGCAGAAGAUGCCCAUAUGCAUGCUGGCUCACAACAGAUGUACCCGAGUCCUAUGAAGAAGAAGGACAUUUUGUGAUGCCUCAGUAUGGCUAUUUCAUCAGGGGAGCCUCAACCACCUUUAGUGGUGUUCAGAGGGAUCGCCAAUGGAAAUAUGUAAUCUGUCAGAUGACAACAUUUAACUGCAAAUUUGAAAACCUGUAGAAGUUACAAGCUGAACCCUGACAUUGUCCGUGGAACAAGAUGUGUUUACCUGAGAUAUCUCCUAUUAAAAAAAACCCUCUGUUCUCUAAACUAUAGUUUCUUCUAAAAUAAUGCAAUUAUACAAGAACAGGACUGUAAAUGACAGUACUUUCUAGUAGUAACUUGGUUGACAUAGUUAGCAUAUGAUCAUCCUCAACUGGAGAAAGCAGGCGAGAUUUUCUGAAGCAUUGGAUUGUCUGAACACAAUGAAUUAUGAGACAACCAUGUUGAUCUGAGGACUCACCUGUAAAGGAAUCCACCUAAUCUUUCUCAAUUACUUUAAAUGAAAGGAAAUUGGGUCUGUUGCAAUUUCCCCUGAGUACACUAACAUACCCAUCAACUCUUUCAUUGUACCCAGGACAAUUGAAUAAAUCUAGAUAGACACCUACUGAUUUUAAGAGCCAGUGUUUGGAAGGUAUUGUAGUAAUGGAUGUUCAGUUCAAACCAGAAAUAUGUAAAUCUUUAGUUAGCGCUGAUGACCUACGAGUCUGACAUGAUUUUUUCAAUGUUUUCAAUUCCGAAUGCAAACAAUAUUAUGUGUAAAUCAAAGCUUUCCUAUCUCCUGAGAAAAUAAUUUGGAAGCUUUCUCAUUCUCUCACCUUGUGUUAAAGAUAAAUCCAGCCAAACUCACAUACACAGCAAAAAUAUUUAUACUUCACCAGAUGCCUUGAUAGGGUUGUAUGAAGAAUACACAGUGUACAUUGUGCAAAAGUAACCUCAGUAAACACU